AUGGCGGACGACGAGCAAGCUGCAGCUCCUGCGGAAGAGGGGCAGCCCGAGGAGGCACCACCUGAAGAACCGGCCCCAGAAGAGGCACCACCUGAAGAACCGGCCCCAGAAGAGGCACCACCUGAAGAACCCGCCCCAGAAGAGGCACCACCUGAAGAACCAGCCCCAGAAGAGGCACCACCUGAAGAACCAGCCCCAGAAGAGGCACCACCUGAGGAACCCGCCCCAGAAGAGGCACCACCUGAGGCACCACCUGAGGAAGAGGCACCCCCUGAACCAGCCCCAGAAGAGGCCCCACCUGAACCGGCCCCAGAAGAGGCCCCACCUGAACCUGCCCCAGAAGAGGCCCCACCUGAACCAGCCCCAGAAGAGGCCCCACCUGAACCAGCCCCAGAAGAGGCCCCACCUGAACCGGCCCCAGAGGAAGCACCACCCGCAGAAGCCAAGGAAGAGGCACCACCCGCAGAAGCCAAGGAGGAGGCACCUCCUGAGGAAGCCAAGAAAGAGGAACCGCCCGAGGAAGUCAAGAAAGAGGAACCGCCCGAGGAAGUCAAGAAAGAGGAACCACCUGCCGAAGCCAAGAAAGAGGAAGCUCCUGCCGAAGCCAAGAAAGAGGAAGAGAGCUGUGAACUACCUCCUGGGGAAGAGAAGAAAGCAGACAAAAGUUGCGAAAAGCCAGAACCAAAAGAGGAGAAAGAAAAAGCCAAGGCAGGUGAAGAGACAUGUGAGCGAGCCAAGUCCCAGGAGGAGAAGGAAAAGGAGGAGAAGGAAAAGGCCAGGAAAGCCGCGGACACAUGCGAGAAACCAAAGUCCCAAGAGGAGAAGGAGAAAGAGGAGAAACAAAAGGCCAAGAAAGCUGAAUGUGAGAGACUAAAAGCAGAGAAAGCCAAGGAAGAGCGGCCAAAACCCACAGAAAGUUCUUGCGCCAAACCGAAGCCUGAAGAGAGACCGAAGCCUGCAGAAGCUUGCGAGAAAUCAAAAGAGGAAGGGAAGAUUUGUACGUGCCGAGAGUCGAAGCCAGCAAGUGGAGGCUGCAAGUGGGUAGAGCCAAAGGCAACCUCAGCCAGCUCCAACCAGUGCUCGAAAGGCAAUGAAUCCUUCUGUAGCUGCGGGAGCCCAAAGGAUCCAGGAGCCAAGACCUGUGCAAGUCCCCAAUCAGGAGCCUGCAGCUGUGGGUACCAACACUCCGAGUCCUCAUCAUGUGGACACUCUUACCAUUAG